AGAACCGUUAAUUAACCGCUCUAAUAACAGUACACUUAAGCCAUACGUAUCUUCUCUACUCCGUUUCUCUGUUCUUUUGUAUGAUUUUUCUCCAUCUAAUCUUCUAUCUCUAUCUCCUCUUCCUCCCCUACCCUUCCCGCUUGCAAUUAAUUUAUUAAUAAAAAAAAUACAAUUACCCGCAAAAACCGCGCUUCCAUAUUUAUCUUCUCCCUAUUUAUUCGUCUAGUUGUUUCGCCCACUACAUUCACUCCCUCACUCACUCACAUUCCGAAGAUGACACUAACCACCGGUGACGCCGUCGGGGUUCAGAUCCAGCACCAGCAGCAAAACACUCGAAUUGUGCUACCAGAUUUCCUCCAGAGCGUGAACCUCAAGUACGUCAAAUUAGGUUACCACUACUUAAUCUCCAAUCUUUUAACCCUAUGUUUAGUCCCCUUGAUGAUCAUCACGUUAAUCCAAGUCUCCCAAACCACAGACCUCGAUCAUCUCCCCCACUUAUGGCAGCACCUCCAAUACAACCUCCUCACCAUCCUCAUAUGCUCCGCUUUCUUAGUCUUCGGCCUCACCCUCUACGCAAUCACCCGCCCCCGCACCGUUUACCUCGUCGAUUUCUCCUGUUUCCGCCCCGCCGAUCACCUCAAAGCCCCCUUCCAUAGCUUCAUGGAGCACUCCCGCCUCACCGGGGACUUCGAGCUUUCCUCCCUCGAGUUCCAGCGCAAAAUACUCGAGCGCUCGGGACUCGGGGAGGAAACCUACGUCCCUGAGGCCAUGCAUUUCAUCCCGCCGCGGCCGUCUAUCGCCGCGGCGAGAGCUGAGGCCGAACAGGUUAUGUUUGGUGCCUUGGAUAAUCUAUUCCUUAAUACCGCUCUUAAGCCAAAGGAUAUUGGUAUUCUUGUAGUGAAUUGCAGUUUGUUUAACCCCACGCCUUCACUCUCCGCUAUGAUUGUUAACAAGUACAAAUUGAGGGGUAACAUUAGGAGUUUUAAUUUAGGGGGAAUGGGAUGCAGUGCUGGGGUUAUUGCUGUUGAUCUUGCCAAGGACCUUUUGCAGGUUCAUAGGAACACUUAUGCUGUUGUUGUUAGCACUGAGAACAUUACUCAGAAUUGUUACUUUGGGAAUAAGAAAUCCAUGCUCAUACCGAAUUGCUUGUUUCGUGUUGGGUGUUCAGCUUUGCUGCUCUCUAACAAGUCUGUGGAUAGAAGGAGGGCAAAGUAUAGGCUUGUUCAUGUCGUGAGGACUCAUCGCGGUGCUGAUGAUAAGGCUUUUCGAUGUGUUUAUCAGGAACAGGAUGACGCUGGGAAGACUGGUGUUUCGUUGUCUAAAGAUUUGAUGGCAAUAGCCGGUGGAGCACUUAAGACCAACAUCACCACCCUUGGCCCUUUGGUGCUACCAAUUAGUGAGCAGCUUCUGUUUUUUGUUACUUUGCUCAUGAAGAAAUUGUUCAAGGCUGAUGUGAAGCCUUACAUACCAGAUUUUAAGCUCGCGUUCGAUCAUUUCUGCAUACAUGCCGGUGGAAGGGCGGUAAUUGAUGAGUUGGAGAAGAAUCUCCAGCUGCUUCCUGUGCAUGUAGAGGCUUCUAGGAUGACCCUUCACCGUUUUGGGAACACUUCGUCUAGCUCCAUUUGGUAUGAAUUGGCCUAUAUAGAAGCCAAAGGAAGGAUGCGAAAGGGCAACAGGAUUUGGCAAAUUGCAUUUGGAAGUGGUUUUAAAUGUAACAGUGCAGUCUGGGAGGCACUUCGUAAUGUGAGGCCAUCCCCUAAUGGACCCUGGGAAGAUUGCAUUGAUAAGUAUCCUGUGGAAAUAGUCACAUAGCUCAGUAACAUAUUAGUUAGAAUUGAAUUCAGGGUACCCUUCAUUUGUAUCCACCAUCUGUCUCUCUGUUGUAGAUGAUAUCUUCAUAGUGUAAUUCAUUGGUUAUUUUGUGUUUGAUGAUUGUGGCUUUCCAUUUAGUCAAAUUCAGGUGUCUGGAA